UAAGACCUUGGGACGUAUGCGCAGAUACUGUCGUGAGCAAGGAAGCGACACACAAGCAUGCAAAAAUCAGCCUAGGUGAUGGCGUGGCAGGCAGGAGUCGGCCGGAAGUACUUUAAGGCAUUCGUCAGUGGCUUUUUCGUGGCAGUGCCUGUGACUGUGACCAUUUUAGAUCGGUUGGCUUAUGUGGCACGUGUGGAGGGAGCUUCCAUGCAGCCCUCCCUGAACCCCAAGGGGGGGUCGUCACCUGACGUCGUCCUUCUCAACCGCUGGAAUGUCAGGAAUUACCAGGUUCAGCGGGGGGACAUUGUGUCUGUUUUGUCUCCGAAGAAUCCUCAGCAGAAGAUCAUAAAGCGAGUGAUUGGCCUUGAGGGGGAUUUCAUUAAGACCCUGGGUUAUAAAAAUAGUUACGUACGUGUUCCAGAUGGGCACCUAUGGAUAGAGGGAGACCAUCAUGGCCACAGUUUUGACAGCAAUACGUUUGGACCUGUGUCUCUGGGGUUGGUCCAUGGUCGGGCCUCUCACAUCAUCUGGCCUCCCAGUCGGUGGCAGAAGAUCCAUCCAUCUGUCCCACCAGAGCGCAGGCCUCUUCUGCAGUGGAUCCAAGACACCACAGAGGAUGAUGAUGACUGAUACACACGUCCAUACAGCGUGUGUGUGUGUGUGUGUGAGAGAGAGAGAGAGAGGGAGAGAGGGAGAGGGCCAUGUCACAACUGUUUCAGUGCCACAUUGAAAUGACUGUAUUACAACAGAUUCACUUUGUUUAAAAUAAAAUGGUAGAAAUAUG